AUGCUUUGUUAUACACCACUAUUUCUGUCGAGUUUUCUCUACAUACAAGGUGUGUUUGCCCAGGCAAAAAAUUAUGAAGGUAAUCAAGACUUGAAGAAUGAACUUGUCAUUCAAAAUGGUGAUACAAUCAGCUACGUUGAUGGUUCAGAGUAUAAUUUUGGAGGUGGUAUUGUUAGCAGCCAAGAAGGCUGUACUUUCCGUGCUGUAGCUAAUGAUAAAUCCGACUUUGACUUCAAUGUUGGUAAGGAAUUUGUUAACUAUUGUAAUUUUGAGCUUAUAAAUAAAAAUUUAGAUGGCUUCAAACAAACAAUAAACUUCAGCCCAGCUGUUUUUAAAAAUUAUUAUCAAGUUGAUAUACAGUUAGCGCAUACCAGAUCUGAUGCAGUUUCCAAGCUUAUUCUGGGAUCACCAGAAAUCAUCAAUGCUGGUAAAUUAACAGUGAGGCCAUAUUCGGCUGUUGAGCAAAAUGAUCCUUCUAGGGAGGGAAACAUUCUACAAAUAAGUACUCCAGGUGGUAGGCUAGUAAAUACUGGUACUAUUGAAUUAAGUUUAGGAGUAAAGUAUUAUUUAUAUGGUGAUGUCAGUGGUACCGGUAAUAUUAAUAUUGCUAGAGGUAUCCUACAUAUGGAGACUACAUCUUUUGUCGGAAAUACAAUAAACUUAGGGGGCAUUAGUGGUAUAUCUGUCAAAUCUACUUCUUCAAAUAUCAUUAAGGUAAGAGGUCUGAUUAGUGGUAAUCUGAUCAGUAGUAUUGGUGAUAAUGGUUCAUUCACAUACAAUAAUCAAACGGGUAUAGUGACAGUUAACACAGACUCAGGUAGGUAUGUUUAUGACAUUGGCUGCGGUUACGAUGAAACUACUCUGGGGUCGACUACGGGAUACAUCGUCUAUCAUGGAGAAAGUCUCAAAACAUUUGUAAUUGCUACAAGUUUAGAAACCGCUCCAGAUUACCAAAAAUGCUAUAUCCCUGGCCAACACGAAAAUCAUGAUUCAGGCAGUGGUUCCACCCCAGGUGAAGGCUCUGGCUCUGGCUCUGGCUCUGGUUCAGGCAGUGGUUCCACCCCAGGUGAAGGCUCUGGCUCUGGUUCGGGCACUGGUUCAGGAUCUGGUUCCGGUUCUGGAUCCGGUUCUGAAGGUGGCUCUGGCUCUGGCUCUGGUUCAGGCAGUGGUUCCACCCCAGGUGAAGGCUCUGGCUCUGGUUCGGGCACUGGUUCAGGAUCUGGUUCCGGUACUGAAGGUGGCUCUGGCUCUGGCUCUGGUUCAGGCAGUGGUUCCACCCCAGGUGAAGGCUCUGGCUCUGGCUCUGGUUCGGGCACUGGUUCAGGAUCUGGUUCCGGUUCUGGAUCCGGUUCUGAAGGUGGCUCUGGCUCUGGCUCUGGUUCACGCAGUGGUUCCACCCCAGGUGAAGGCUCUGGCUCUGGCUCUGGCUCUGGUUCAGGCAGUGGUUCCACCCCAGGUGAAGGCUCUGGCUCUGGCUCUGGUUCGGGCUCUGGUUCAGGCAGUGGUUCCACCCCAGGUGAAGGCUCUGGCUCUGGUUCGGGCACUGGUUCAGGAUCUGGUUCCGGUUCUGGAUCCGGUUCUGAAGGUGGCUCUGGCUCUGGCUCUGGUUCAGGCAGUGGUUCCACCCCAGGUGAAGGCUCUGGCUCUGGCUCUGGCUCUGGUUCGGGCACUGGUUCAGGAUCUGGUUCCGGUUCUGGAUCCGGUUCUGAAGGUGGCUCUGGCUCUGGCUCUGGUUCAGGCAGUGGUUCCACCCCAGGUGAAGGCUCUGGCUCUGGCUCUGGUUCAGGCAGUGGUUCCACCCCAGGUGAAGGCUCUGGCUCUGGUUCGGGCACUGGUUCAGGAUCUGGUUCCGGUUCUGGAUCCGGUUCUGAAGGUGGCUCUGGCUCUGGCUCUGGUUCAGGCAGUGGUUCCACCCCAGGUGAAGGCUCUGGCUCUGGCUCUGGUUCAGGCAGUGGUUCCACCCCAGGUGAAGGCUCUGGCUCUGGCUCUGGUUCGGGCACUGGUUCAGGAUCUGGUUCCACCCCAGGUGAAGGCUCUGGCUCUGGCUCUGGCUCUGGUUCAGGCAGUGGUUCCACCCCAGGUGAAGGCUCUGGCUCUGGUUCGGGCACUGGUUCAGGAUCUGGUUCCGGUUCUGGAUCCGGUUCUGAAGGUGGCUCUGGCUCUGGCUCUGGUUCAGGCAGUGGUUCCACCCCAGGUGAAGGCUCUGGCUCUGGCUCUGGUUCGGGCACUGGUUCAGGAUCUGGUUCCACCCCAGGUGAAGGCUCUGGCUCUGGCUCUGGUUCAGGCAGUGGUUCCACCCCAGGUGAAGGCUCUGGCUCUGGCUCUGGUUCAGGCAGUGGUUCCACCCCAGGUGAAGGCUCUGGCUCUGGCUCUGGUUCGGGCACUGGUUCAGGAUCUGGUUCCGGUUCUGGAUCCGGUUCUGAAGGUGGCUCUGGCUCUGGCUCUGGUUCAGGCAGUGGUUCCACCCCAGGUGAAGGCUCUGGCUCUGGUUCGGGCACUGGUUCAGGAUCUGGUUCCGGUUCUGGUUCCACCCCAGGUGAAGGCUCUGGCUCUGGCUCUGGUUCAGGCAGUGGUUCCACCCCAGGUGAAGGUUCUGGCUCUGGCUCUGGCUCUGGUUCAGGCAGUGGUUCCACCCCAGGUGAAGGCUCUGGCUCUGGUUCGGGCACUGGUUCAGGAUCUGGUUCCGGUUCUGGAUCCGGUUCUGAAGGUGGCUCUGGCUCUGGCUCUGGUUCAGGCAGUGGUUCCACCCCAGGUGAAGGCUCUGGCUCUGGCUCUGGUUCGGGCACUGGUUCAGGAUCUGGUUCCACCCCAGGUGAAGGCUCUGGCUCUGGUUCGGGCACUGGUUCAGGAUCUGGUUCCGGUUCUGGAUGCGGUUCUGAAGGUGGCUCUGGCUCUGGCUCUGGUUCCGGUUCUGGUUCCACCCCAGGUGAAGGCUCUGGCUCUGGUUCGGGCACUGGUUCAGGAUCUGGUUCCGGUUCUGGAUCCGGUUCUGAAGGUGGCUCUGGCUCUGGCUCUGGUUCAGGCAGUGGUUCCACCCCAGGUGAAGGCUCUGGCUCUGGCUCUGGUUCGGGCACUGGUUCAGGAUCUGGUUCCACCCCAGGUGAAGGCUCUGGCUCUGGUUCGGGCACUGGUUCAGGAUCUGGUUCCGGUUCUGGAUCCGGUUCUGAAGGUGGCUCUGGCUCUGGCUCUGGUUCAGGCAGUGGUUCCACCCCAGGUGAAGGCUCUGGCUCUGGCUCUGGCUCUGGUUCAGGCAGUGGUUCCACCCCAGGCGAAGGCUCUGGCUCUGGCUCUGGUUCGGGCUCUGGUUCAGGCAGUGGUUCCACCCCAGGUGAAGGCUCUGGCUCUGGCUCUGGUUCGGGCACUGGUUCAGGCAGUGGUUCCACCCCAGGUGAAGGUUCUGGCUCUGGCUCUGGCUCUGGUUCAGGCAGUGGUUCCACCCCAGGUGAAGGCUCUGGCUCUGGUUCGGGCACUGGUUCAGGAUCUGGUUCCGGUUCUGGAUCCGGUUCUGAAGGUGGCUCUGGCUCUGGCUCUGGUUCAGGCAGUGGUUCCACCCCAGGUGAAGGCUCUGGCUCUGGCUCUGGUUCGGGCACUGGUUCAGGCAGUGGUUCCACCCCAGGUGAAGGCUCUGGCUCUGGCUCUGGUUCGGGCACUGGUUCAGGAUCUGGUUCCGGUUCUGGAUCCGGUUCUGAAGGUGGCUCUGGCUCUGGCUCUGGUUCAGGCAGUGGUUCCACCCCAGGUGAAGGCUCUGGCUCUGGCUCUGGCUCUGGUUCAGGCAGUGGUUCCGCCUCAGGUGAAGGCUCUGGCUCUGGUUCGGGCACUGGUUCAGGAUCUGGUUCCGGUUCUGGUUCCGCCUCAGGUGAAGGCUCUGGCUCUGGCUCUGGUUCAGGCAGUGGUUCCACCUCAGGUGAAGGCUCUGGCUCUGGCUCUGGUUCAGGCAGUGGUUCCGCCCCAGGUGAAGGCUCUGGCUCUGGUUCGGGCUCUGGUUCAGGAUCUGGUUCCACCCCAGGUGAAGGCUCUGGCUCUGGCUCUGGUUCAGGCAGUGGUUCCACCCCAGGUGAAGGCUCUGGCUCUGGUUCGGGCACUGGUUCAGGAUCUGGUUCCGGUUCUGGAUCCGGUUCUGAAGGUGGCUCUGGCUCUGGCUCUGGUUCAGGCAGUGGUUCCACCCCAGGUGAAGGCUCUGGCUCUGGCUCUGGUUCGGGCUCUGGUUCAGGCAGUGGUUCCACCCCAGGUGAAGGCUCUGGCUCUGGCUCUGGUUCGGGCACUGGUUCAGGAUCUGGUUCCACCCCAGGUGAAGGCUCUGGCUCUGGCUCUGGCUCUGGUUCGGGCACUGGUUCAGGAUCUGGUUCCGGUUCUGGUUCCACCCCAGGUGAAGGCUCUGGCUCUGGCUCUGGUUCAGGCAGUGGUUCCACCCCAGGUGAAGGCUCUGGCUCUGGUUCGGGCACUGGUUCAGGAUCUGGUUCCACCCCAGGUGAAGGCUCUGGCUCUGGUUCGGGCACUGGUUCAGGAUCUGGUUCCGGUUCUGGAUCCGGUUCUGAAGGUGGCUCUGGCUCUGGCUCUGGUUCAGGCAGUGGUUCCACCCCAGGUGAAGGCUCUGGCUCUGGCUCUGGUUCGGGCACUGGUUCAGGAUCUGGUUCCACCCCAGGUGAAGGCUCUGGCUCUGGUUCGGGCACUGGUUCAGGAUCUGGUUCCGGUUCUGGUUCCACCCCAGGUGAAGGCUCUGGCUCUGGCUCUGGUUCAGGCAGUGGUUCCACCCCAGGUGAAGGCUCUGGCUCUGGUUCGGGCACUGGUUCAGGAUCUGGUUCCGGUUCUGGAUCCGGUUCUGAAGGUGGCUCUGGCUCUGGCUCUGGUUCAGGCAGUGGUUCCACCCCAGGUGAAGGCUCUGGCUCUGGCUCUGGUUCAGGCAGUGGUUCCACCCCAGGUGAAGGCUCUGGCUCUGGCUCUGGUUCGGGCUCUGGUUCAGGCAGUGGUUCCACCCCAGGUGAAGGCUCUGGCUCUGGCUCUGGCUCUGGUUCGGGCACUGGUUCAGGAUCUGGUUCCGGUUCUGGAUCCGGUUCUGAAGGUGGCUCUGGCUCUGGCUCUGGUUCAGGCAGUGGUUCAGGAUCUGGUUCCGGUUCUGGAUCCGGUUCUGAAGGUGGCUCUGGCUCUAACCCAGGUACUGGUGAAGGCGGUUCUGGUUCUGAAGGCGGUUCUGGUGAAGGCGGUUCUGGUUCUGAAGGCGGUUCUGGUGAAGGCGGUUCUGGUGGCUCCAACCCAGUUGAUGAUGGUAAGGAUAAGACUACAGUUGUCACUGACAAGGAUGGCCAUGUACACACCGAUAUCAUUUCCCACAUCACUACUACUGACAAAGAUGGUAAGCCAACUGUCAUUUUGACGCAAUACCAGUCACCAACCCCAUCUCCUGGUGAAGGUGGCUCUGGCUCUAACCCAGGUGCUGGUGAAGGUGGUUCUGGUUCUGAAGGCGGUUCUGGUGAAGGCGGUUCUGGUUCUGAAGGCGGUUCUGGUGAAGGCGGUUCUGGUGGCUCCAACCCAGUUGAUGAUGGUAAGGAUAAGACUACAGUUGUCACUGACAAGGAUGGCCAUGUACACACCGAUAUCAUUUCCCACAUCACUACUACUGACAAAGAUGGUAAGCCAACUGUCAUUUUGACGCAAUACCAGUCACCAACCCCAUCUCCUGGUGAAGGUGGCUCUGGCUCUAACCCAGGUGCUGGUGAAGGUGGUUCUGGUUCUGAAGGCGGUUCUGGUGAAGGCGGUUCUGGUGGCUCCAACCCAGUUGAUGAUGGUAAGGAUAAGACUACAGUUGUCACUGACAAGGAUGGCCAUGUACACACCGACAUCAUUUCCCACAUCACUACUACUGACAAAGAUGGUAAGCCAACUGUCAUUUUGACUCAAUACCAGUCUCCAACAGCUGCACAAGAUGGUACUAGUAAGACCAUCACCGUUGAUGGAGAAGAGAUAAUUGAAGUUGUGCAUAUUACUACUUAUACCGACAGCGAUGGACAUACCAUUACAAGUACUUACACUGAAAUGUUCAAGACAUUAAUUGAUGCUGAACCUCAAUAUGUGAGCGAAACUACUCAAACUAUCACAACCACUGAUGCUGAAGGUCACACAACUACUAUUACAACCACUUAUAACAUAGAUAACAAUGGAAAUGCCGUACCAAUCGUACCUUCUUCAUCCAGCAUGUCUUCAUCUUCUUCAUCUAGCAUGUCCUCAUCUUCUUCAUCUAGCAUGUCCUCAUCUUCUUCAUCUAGCAUGUCCUCAUCUUCUUCAUCUAGCAUGUCCUCAUCUUCUUCAUCCAGCAUGCCCUCAUCGUCUAGCAUUAUUUCCAGUUCAAUCUUUUCCUCCGUUUCUACACCAUCCGGCCAAGAUUACACAAUUACUACCACAGGUUCAGAUGGCAAAAUUGAAACCAAUGUAGUAUCACACAUCACUACAACCGUUAAUGGUAAGCCAACUACUAUUACAACUACUGUUCCAUGUGAUGUUAGUGCAGAGAAGGACAGAACUACUACUGUUACCCAUAGUAACGGUGUAAUUGAAACCAAUGUAGUAUCACACAUCACUACAACCGUUAAUGGUAAGCCAACUACUAUCAUAACUACUGGUUCGUUUGAUGUUGGUGCAGGCAAGGACAGGAUAACCACAAUAACCCACAGCAAUGGUGUUAUUGAAACCAAUGUAGUAUCUCACAUCACUACUGUAGACACCAAAGGAAAUCCUACUACUAUCGUAACAACUACUACGAAGUUCAACAACGCCCACACAACAACCUUUUCUAACAAGAAUGGCAGUGUUGACACCAAGACAGUAGUCGGCGUUACUACAACUAAUCAAUUCGGUCAACAAAUAAUUACCUCAUUAACUUUUACUGGAUCAGAGGCCCACUCCAACAAUAACGUCCACACAUCUGCUGGACCAAAUGAUGCUGCAGGAACUAGUCCUGCAGGAACUAACAAUCCACAAACCAAACCAACAGGCAAUGCCGGUUCUACUGCUAGAUUGAGUGAUACUACUCCAGCUCCUAAUGCUGGCUCAAACGGUUCUUCCCCAGCUGCUGCUGAUGCAGAAUCGGCUGUUGCACCAAAGGCUCCUGCAAGUAACUCGGCUGCUGUUCCGCAACAAUCUGGUGCAAGUAGCACAUCUCAUGGCUCUGCUGCACCAACAAUACCUCAAAUAAACAAGAAUGCGGCAUCAUCAUUCAAGCAAAAUAACUUUGGUGUUAUCAUUCUGUUUGCCUUGUUGUUCACUAUGCUAUGA